UGGAAGUCCGGAACUGUCGGGAGAGUUUUUUUUCUAUUGUCCAAACAAAAAAUCGCAAUUUGUCGUUGUGACUUGUAGUUCUACGGUUAUUUUUCGUCGUGUCUCCGAUUUAUUUAUUUAUUCAGUGGCCAUUACCGUUUAUUCCGUUCCAUCUCUAGUCGCGCGAGUAUUAAAAUGUGAACCGCACGGCUAUAUGUGCUGGUGUUUGGUGUACUUAAGUAAUUGGUGAAACCCGGAAUCCCGUGCGGUGGUUCGGCCUUGUGUGCAACGACUACAUCGGUGUCGAUUAUCUGAUUUGUUUUUUUUUUUGUCGUUCAUUCGAAAUAUAUGGAUCGUUUUAUUACAACAUUCGGCGCUCUGACAUCGAAACAUUGUAGUAAACGUUCCACCCGCGACACGUCGCACGUCGCCAUCAAUCUAUUGAACGGUCAAUUAACAUCCAAGAAGAAAGCUUCAAAGCAUAUUGAAGCUUUCGAAUCAGCAUUCAUGGAACUAUGAACCUGGAUUCAUUGUCAUAUACGUUGUCGCAAAUCAGCUAUCUCGUCGCUAAUUUGUCGAAAAAAAACUACAAGUCUAGCGUUCAGGAAAUAUCAGACGCAAUCCAGCUGCAAGGAUUUGAAGCAGAUCGACAUCUACUCCGUUGCCUAUUUUCUCAUAUCGAGUUGAGAGAUAUCGAAGGUCCUCGAAAUAUAUCACAUAAGGAUUAUUAUCAAGUUCAACAUUUGGCGCAACAGUGUAAAACACUUUUAAAUAAGCCUUCGCUUACUUCAAUUUUGUGUUUUGCACUUGACAAUCCGCUUGCAACUUUAAAACCAUUAAAACCAUCAAUACAGCUAUUCGUACAGCUAAGUCGAAUUUUACAUCUCAGUCCUGUGCAGGAAGUUGUUUUUGGGUUGGUUUGUCUGGAAUCGGCCAACUAUUCAACAUUCGCUUUACAGUUUGUGAAACAAAAACUACCCGAACUAAUUAAAUUGUACAUUAACUCAGAGGACAACACUGAUCAAGUAACUGAAGGAGGAUUACACGAUUCUAGUCCUGAAGUUCUUCAUUUGAUUUUAAGUCACGUAUUCACCGUUGAUGAUAAAGAUUUUGGUAUAAGUAAAGAAGUUAAGGAAGUUUUGUUGCAAAAUUUACGGCGAGAUUUUCCCCUCGAGGUCGCUCCUGUUUUAUUGGCUCCUCUGAUUUAUCCUGAUAAACCUGACCGCCCAAUGGAAAAAAUAAAUCAAGAUACAGCGUCCAUUUCUAACACUAUGCUAGAACCACUGUUAGCCGAUUUGAUAAUGGAAAUGGGCUAUUCGGCUUGUUCUUCGUUGGAAGAAUGCCGUCGGCAUUUACUGUCGGUGACUGGUGGAAAUAAUCCAUCCAUUACGUUUGGUCCACAGUCUAUUGCUAAGGUUUUAUCAAUGAUGAUACGCACUCACACCGGCUUAGACUCACAGAUGACGUUGCCGUUCUGGCCUGGAGAUAACAGUAGUCAUGAUAUUGACAAAACAUUGUCUAAUGCAAAUACUUGGAAUGUCGAAGUGUUUGUACACACCGUUAAAGAUUUGAACCCAUCGCUCUCUUGGUUAGAUGUAGUCAAAGAAUUGGAUCAUGCCGAUUUUAUUAUUAAAGAUAGACAAGGUUUAGUGGUUUUGUUUUCAACUGUUCGUCUUGGCCUCAAAGGUCAAGGAUAUCAUAUGGAAAACUUUCCUGUUGAAAUGAUUUACAGACACUGGUCACACUCUGAAGCACAAAUGUCUCUGGUACAACAUAUUCUUCAAAAUUCUGACGUCUUUUGUUUUGCUGAUUAUCCAUAUCGUUCGGUGUCGAUCGACUUGUUAAAAGUGAUUCCCGAAGCUGACAACAAAGACAUAAACAAUUGGCGUUCGAUUGAACUUGUCGACCUAAUGCUAUUUUUGGCCGAACGAGGUCUCUGCUAUCAAGUACAAGAAUGUUUGAAGUUUCCAGCUCAAAAAUGUCCCGAUUUGUUAGCUCUCGCUCUUAUUCAAUCCAAUGGACCAUUGAGUUUGGUCAGACACGAAAUGAUCAGCGGUCUCAUACCGAUUUUCCUUGGCAACCAUAGCAAUGCUGCUGUUAUUUUGCAUCAUGCAUGGAACCAUCAGAACGUUGGACUCAAACAUACUUUGGUUCAGGCGAUGAGUGAAUGGUACGUGCGCAGUGACCACGACCAUGUAAAACUUUCACGGAUUUUAGACAUAGCCCAAGAUCUGAAAGCAUUAUCGUUGUUACUGAGCGUUCAGCAGUUUCCCUUUGUCAUAGAUCUAGCUUGCUUAGCUUCACGUCGAGAAUAUUUAAAAUUGGACAAAUGGCUUUCUGAUAAAAUUCGUGAACACGGUGAAAGCUUUAUAUCUGCAUGCGUUAAAUUUUUACAGAAACGAUGCCCGCAACUAACAGGAUCGUCAGCUAAAGAUGAGAAUUUAUCAAAAUACACACCGUUAUCAUCCGAAACUAUAUUAACAAUGUUGAACUGCCUAAGAAAUAUUAAUACUGGAAAUAUUUCUCAAGAUCUGUCCGAAGCUAUUUUGAUGAUGGUAACCAAUUGUACAAACAUGUACAUUUCCAAAGUGGCUUCAGCUCGUAUUAAUCCGACUGCUCCGCCACCAUCUAUUUUACGUACAGCUCAACACCAUAGACCUAUAGAAGGUCCAUCUCCACAAGUGUUGGUCGAUCAACUGACUGGGCUUGCUACCAGUCUUGCUAGUCUUGGACUCAACCCUUCAGUACAAUCUGGUUCCACGUUUACUUUACCAGGGUCUUUGGGACAAUUAGUUCAGACACCUGGAUCGCCGUCUCGAAAUCUAGUCGGCGGCAAUGCUUCUGGCCAUAGCGGAUUUUCCAUUAUGACACCGUCUACAAAUGCUCCGGGUCCGGCUGUUUCUAGUCAGCUAUCGGGACCAUCCAAUAUGCUGGGACGUUUGCCUCCUCAACAAUCGACACCUUCGGCGAUCGGCAAAGCUAACCAUCUCAUUGACAAUAGUUUAUUCAACGACGGUAGUAUGUCGUUUCCCAUACCGAAAGAUAUUGAGGAUGAAGCUAAUAGUUACUUCCAGCGUAUUUAUAACUUGGCACCUCACCAUUCGCUGUCCAUUGACGAAGUGCUCGAGAUGUUGAAAAGAUUUCAAGAUUCUCCAGUUAAACGUGAUAGGGAUGUAUUUGGCUGCAUGUUGAAAAAUUUGUUUGAAGAAUACAGAUUUUUUCCAGCAUAUCCAGAAAAAGAACUUAUCACCACUGCUCAUUUAUUCGGCGGUAUAAUCGAACACGGUCUGGUUACAAAUUAUAGAGCUUUAGGUCUGGCCCUUCGUUUUAUUUUGGAUGCCUUAAAGAAAACUCCAAAUUCAAAAAUGUACAACUUUGGAAUAACGGCGUUGGAACGUUUCAAACAUCGUUUGAAAGAGUAUCAUCAGUAUUGCGUACACAUUACGGCUAUUCCUCAUUUUCAGCAAUUUCCACAACAUAUUAUUGAGUAUGUCGAGUAUGGCAAAAAUCAACAAGAUCCUCCAUCGGCAAGAGUUAUGGAUUUGGCCGCAACGAGUAACGGCACCAUAUCACAAGGAGGAUCAUUCAUGCCCAAUCCACACAAUGCGUUUAAAGCCCAAAGUAUUACUACUACAACCACGACAACUACAGUGUCUUCUGCAUCGUCCAAACUCAUAACUACCAAUUCUGUAAUGCCAUCUAGGCCAUCUAUUGCAAAUACCACAAAUAUCGACACACUGCUCGUUGCAACAGAAAAAGAUGAAAAGUUAAUUGUCCCACCCGAAAACGUCCAAGACAAAAUAGCGUUCAUUUUUAACAACUUGAGUCAAGUUAAUCUUUCGACAAAGUGUGAGGAGAUUAGAGAUAUUAUCACCAACGAUUAUUUGCCGUGGCUAUCUCAAUAUUUAGUUAUGAAACGUGUCAGUAUUGAGCUAAAUUUCCACACAUUGUACUCAAACUUUUUAGACUGUUUGGGCAAUGAAGGUUUGAACUCGUUGAUCAUAUUGGAGACUUUCAGAAACAUAAGAGUUUUAUUGAAAAGUGACAAAGGAAUGGCCAAUUUUUCAGAUAGAUCUUUGUUGAAAAAUUUAGGUCAUUGGUUGGGUAUGAUUACGCUGGCUAAAAAUAAGCCUAUAUUGUUGGACGAUAUUGACCUCAAAAUGUUGCUGGUUGAAGCCUACAACAAAGGUCAUCAAGAGUUGUUAUUUACUGUGCCUUUUAUUGCCAAAAUUCUUGAGUCAUGUGCUAAAAGUAAAGUAUUCAGACCGAGGAACCCUUGGACGAUGUCUGUCAUGAACUGUUUAGCUGAACUUCAUCAGGAACCUGGAUUGAAAUUAACAUUGAAGUUUGAAGUCGAAGUGCUUUGCAAAGCUUUGAACAUUGAUCUCAAAGAUUUGAAACCGGGUUAUGUGUUAAAAGAUCCUGAAAUUGCCAAAAAAUUAGAACAUCAACUAUCGUCUAAUUCAGAAAACGCGAAACCUCAACCACAAGUACAACAAAGUGUUCCAGAGCAACCUAAAGUUUCUGUUCCAACGCCUCAACAACGACACACGCCUAUUCUUCAAAGUAAAAUAUUUAUAACGAUCGUUUCUUCCCAAGCACAACAGCCAAUCACCUCUUCAACUGUCCAAUCUAUGACUUCAAAUACAAGAUUUAACGAUGAAUUGGUUGGCCACGUAGUGGCAGCAGGAGGAGUCACAACACUGACAUCGACCGGAAGUAUGGGCAUCAGUGGUACGCCAGGAAUGUCGCCACCUCUUCCAUUAGUUGAGCCUAAAUUCAAUUAUGUUACUUUCAACACUGCCAACUCUUCGCAAAUAAUGUCAAUGAUCACUAUCAAUUCUCAAAUACCAUUAUUUAUAAAUCAACCAACACUUAAGACUUAUGUGCGGGCAGCAAUCGAAAGAUCGAUUCAAGAGUGGAUUAAUCCCGUAGUGGAAAGAUCCGUUAAAAUCGCAGUCAUCUCAACUGAGAAUAUUGUUAAAAAAGAUUUUGGUAUGGAUCCAGAUGAGUCUCAUUUACGUAAGGCUGCACAUUGUAUGGUUAGAAACUUAACCUCUGGCUUGGCUAUGAUUACGUGCCGCGAACAGAUCAUACAAACAUUAAUCACUAACUUGAAACAACACUUCUUGAACGUAUUGAUUUCACCGACUCAAACUCAAAAAGAAAUGAUUGACUAUGCGUGUAACAUGUGUGCAAAUGAUAACUUGGAAUUAGCGUGCGCCUUUGUUCAGAAAACCGCCACUGAAAAAGCCGUGAUUGAAAUCGAUAAAUAUCUAAAAACUGAAUUCGAAAGACGCAGUUUGUCUCGAAUGGAAGGCCGUCGCUACUGUGACCAAAUCGUGGCUAGUGGUCAGGCCGAAUUUUUGCCAGAUACACUACGUAAUAAAGUAGGUUUACCGCUUCCGCAAAUGAUAGGAAUUUAUGAGGAAUUUGCCAGAAACAUACCAGGAUUCCAACCGUUGGACAGAGAAGCCGUUUCAUUAUUCAUGCCCAAGACUGGUAUCCCUCCGGAUGAGAUAAGUGUCGUUUAUGAGAAACUCAUCAGUGAAAUUGAAGCGCUCCUUCAAUUGUAUAUGACAAAUCAACGUAUCCUGUCCAAUACGACACAGCCAUCAAACUUGCACGGCGUGUUGGAGGCAAUGAUGUCACUGAGAAGAUGUCGAGAUGUUGUGACAGCUGCAAGUGUCGUCAACAAAGUCGUCGAGAGCUAUUUAGAUGGACUAAGCCCUUCUGCAAAUCAAGAUUUGGAUAUGAGCAUCAGAUAUCGAGACAUUCACCUCAGUAUAUUCAGAGCAUUCCAAGAUCCACGUGCUUAUAAUUUGCAGUGGACAAACAAAACCAUAACAAAGGCUCUAAUGGAGUCUAGGGAUGAAUUGCGGUUCAAUUUGGACGCCGUCGAUUUAUUGAUUCGUGCUGGUAUGGUGAAUAUUAGCAUGUACGACAUGCACUUGGCCUUAUCGAUCGAUAACGGAACCAACUAUGUCGCUAUGGCGUACGUUAAACAAUUUUUACAAAAUUAUCUCAUCGACAAUCGAUCUAAUUCUCCGAUUACCGAACACCAUUUACAAGCGACAAUCGAGGCUUUGAACACAGUUGUGCUCAGUGGUCGUCCUACACCUGACGGGCUGGCAGCGCUCAUCGAAGUAAUAAGACCAUCGCAGGCAGAAAACAAUGCUUCCGUGGAAAGAAUAACGAGUGGUAGUGGUGGUGGCGGUGGUGGCAGUAGUAACUCAACUGCUCAUAUACAACAUGGAAUGUUACAAGGAAGAGAUUUUGAUGAUCCACCUGGACUUCUGGAAAAAACUGAAUACUUGCUGAAAGAAUGGUUGACUAUUUACAGUGCCGCGCCCAACAGAGAUCCCGGAAAGACAUUUAGCGUUUACAUUCACCAAAUGAAUGUUCAAGGAAUUUUGAAGUCUGACGACAUAAUAACUCGUUUCUUCCGACUGAGCACACAAAUGAUGGUCGAAUUAUGUUAUCGGCAAAUACCUGAUCAGACACAGUCUCCGUCCACGGUACGAGCCAAACUUUUCCACACCAUUGACGCCUACGUGAAGCUCAUAGUGCUGUUGGUAAAACACUCUGGCGAUGCAAAUGCAAUCACCACGAAAACUAAUCUCUUGAACAAAGUACUUGGAAUUGUUGUUGGAGUAUUACUUCAAGAUCAUGAUGUACAAGCCACUGAUUUCCAUCAAUUACCGUAUCAUAGAAUAUUAGUUACUCUAUUCCUCGACUUGAACGCACCCGAUCCUGUACUAGAAUCAAUCAACUACCCAAUAUUGGCAGCUUUUUGUCAUACUUACCACCUGCUACGUCCGAGAAAAGUUCCCGGUUUUGCUUAUGGUUGGCUGGAAUUGAUAUCUAAUCGCAUAUUUAUCGGUCGACUUUUGGGAUUAACUCCGCAGCAAAAGCGACAGCGCACUUACGAUCAAACGCCUGUUACUGAUGUCCAGGGUUGGAAUUUCUAUGCCCAACUGCUGAUUGACCUGUUCAAAUACUUGGCGCCAUUCUUGAGAAACGCUGAACUUGCCAAACCCGUUCAUUUACUAUACAAAGGAACAUUACGAGUAUUGCUGAUAUUACUACACGAUUUCCCAGAGUUCUUGUGCGAAUUCCACUACGGAUUUUGUGACGUCAUUCCGCCUAAUUGUAUUCAGAUGAGGAAUUUGAUAUUGUCUGCAUUCCCGCGAAACAUGCGUUUACCAGAUCCGUUUACGCCCAAUUUGAAAGUCGACGUUCUUCAGGAAAUAUCUUUAUCGCCAAAAAUUAGUCCAGACUUUCAAUGUUACAUUCAGCCCGCGAGCUUCAAAAAGGAUUUAGAUUUAUAUCUCAAGACAAGAGCUCCGGUGACAUUUUUGUCCGAGAUUCGUACUACAAUGCAACAGAGUUGUUGCGAACCCGGCAUGCGUUACAAUUUAUCACUCUUGAACGCUAUCGUCUUGUAUGUUGGUACUCAAGCUAUACAGCAUAUAAGGAGCAAGGGUUUAGUGCCCAAUACUUCUACAAUUGCCCAUUCUGCUCAUAUGGACAUAUUCCAAAACUUGUCUGUGGACCUCGACACUGAAGGUCGUUACUUAUUUUUAAACGCUAUUGCUAACCAGUUACGUUUUCCAAACAGUCAUACUCAUUAUUUUAGCUGUACUCUUUUAUAUUUGUUUGCCGAAGCUAACAGUGAAGCCAUUCAGGAACAAAUAACACGAGUACUUUUGGAGAGACUAAUUGUCAACAGACCUCAUCCGUGGGGCUUAUUGAUCACGUUUAUUGAAUUAAUUAAGAAUCCAGCUUAUAAAUUUUGGCACCAUGAGUUUGUGCAUUGUGCACCUGAAAUAGAAAAGCUUUUUGAAUCAGUCGCCCGUUCAUGCAUGGUUCAUAAGCAACCAAAUAACACGUCGGAUGCUGCCGAAACAUCGGACAUAUAAUAUAUUACAUUUAAUGUAUUAAUUAGAUAAUAUACAUUUUAUAUCAUAUACUUUUGUUUUAUAGUUUUAUUUGAUGAAAAAAACUAACUAAAAGAAUAUAAUAAUAUAUUAUGUUAAUACACGAUCAAAAGACGAUAUUAUAAUAUAAUUUUUUCAAUUGCUUUAUUGUAAAACUGAUCAAAUAUGAGAAUGUAAAGUAU